CUUGGACGCUUCAACUCCUCAGCCCAGAGCCAUCUCACCAUCUCAUCUUACUAAACACCAACGGCUUCUUUCACAAGAUUCGUUUCCUAAAGCAGGCUCGUGCGCCGAACUAGUGGCCGCCAUGGAGCAAAGUUUCGCAGCUGGUCGGCUUCUUACAAGUGCAGCGGGCUGGAUCUGGAUAAGAGCCGCAUCCUCUACUGGUUCCAGCAACUCACGGCGGAUUCCUGCCCAGGGCAGCGGCGACGCCUUUACUACAGGCAUGGCUUGAGUUCUUAUCCGAAGCCGCGGGACGAGGUUGGCCGAAUACAUACGUGGUUGAUACGGCUGGGCCAACGGGGAGCUGACGCUUAUUGCCGCUAUUGAAUGUUUUUGGGCGACGAGGAUGCAGCAUUGGGACAACGCUGCUCGACGGCGUGUCUCUCUGGAGACGCUUGCGUUUCUAGCCGCCCUGACACUGAGCACGCAGCAGAUGCAACAGACGAGAGACAGACCCGGCAAGGGCAUCGUGACAUUUUCACAGGCAUUUGGAUUUGGCUACGAAGUGCCACUAGAACUGCUCGUUGCUCAUUAGUUUCUCCAACGGAUCAACAAUUCUAGUGGGACGCGGUACGGCUCGAGCUCUUAGUUUAGCUGGCGGACGUCCUCCACAUAGCAAAAAAGCCAUGAAACGCUUUCCGGUAACCGAGGCGCUCUGUAGCCGGGCAAACGAGGCUGAUCCUGGCCACAGAGCUAUAGCACCACUCU